CCUUCUUGCUAUGUGGAUUACAGCUCCCAAUGCUUACUGGACUGCUAUCUCCAUUACUGGAAACUUUGACUAACCAACCAGAGAGGAUCUUCUAUCGCCCGCAGUGACUGUGAUACAGGUGUUAGGCAUUUUCUGCAGUGAAUGUGGACUGUUGUAGACGAGUAUGGAGAUAAACGGUCGUGUCCUGCCUCCGUCGAUACCUGAGGAUGGAGAAGCCCCGGACUCUGUUGCUCACAGGGAGAUAAACGGUUUCCACCAGAGGCUUCCAGGGGACGACGGCGGCGAGGCGGAGGUCCCGGUGUCAAAGUCCCAGAGACGAAAAAGCGAUGUCAAAGUCUAUAAGGAGUUUUGUGAUUUUUAUGCUCGCUUCAACAUGGCCAACGCUCUGGCCAAUGCCAUGUGUGAGCGCUGCAAGAGUGGCUUUGCCCCGGCGGAGAAGAUAGUGAACAGCAACGGGGAGCUGUACCAUGAGCAGUGCUUCGUGUGCGCCCAGUGCUUCCAGCAGUUCCCAGAGGGACUCUUCUACGAGUUUGAAGGCAGGAAGUACUGUGAGCAUGACUUCCAGAUGCUGUUCGCUCCCUGCUGCCACCAGUGUGGUGAGUUCAUCAUUGGCCGUGUGAUCAAGGCCAUGAACAACAGCUGGCAUCCCGACUGCUUCUGCUGUGACAUCUGCCAGGCUGUGCUCGCUGAUGUGGGAUUCGUUAAGAAUGCUGGAAGGCACCUGUGUCGUCCAUGUCACAACAGGGAGAAAGCUCGGGGCCUCGGCAAGUACAUCUGUCAGAAGUGCCACGCCAUUAUUGAGGAGCAGCCCCUCCUGUUCAAGAAUGACCCGUACCACCCUGAUCACUUCAACUGCAACAACUGCGGUAAGGAGCUGACGGCUGAUGCCAGGGAGCUGAAGGGAGAGCUGUACUGUCUGCCCUGCCACGACAAGAUGGGGGUCCCCAUCUGCGGGGCCUGCAGGAGACCCAUUGAGGGCCGCGUGGUGAACGCCAUGGGCAAGCAGUGGCAUGUGGAGCAUUUUGUGUGUGCUAAGUGUGAGAAACCCUUCCUGGGACACCGUCACUACGAACGCAAGGGCCUGGCCUACUGUGAGACGCACUAUAACCAGCUGUUUGGAGACGUGUGCUACCACUGCAAUCGUGUUAUUGAAGGAGAUGUGGUGUCUGCUCUCAACAAGGCUUGGUGUGUCAACUGUUUUGCCUGCUCUACCUGCAACACCAAGCUCACCCUCAAGAACAAGUUUGUGGAGUUCGACAUGAAGCCCGUGUGUAAGAAGUGCUACGAGAAGUUCCCUCUGGAGCUGAAGAAGAGACUGAAGAAGCUCUCUGAAACUGUUGCUCGGAAGUAAACACAGCAGAGCAGCUAUAGGAAGGGACAAAUAGAUUAGAGAUGCAAUUCCGAAUUGACAAUCGUAUGUUACAUUUUGGUCGGUUAUUUCAGCAGAACACACCGCUUCUUGUCCUUUCAAUCGCAGAGGAUAAUUUAACUAGCCUGAAACUGACAGAUGGCCAACAGGCAGAUUGUUGGUCAGUCAGCUAGGUUAUACUUUAACCUCUUUAGUGCCUUUAAACAUAAAUACUGCACUGUAUAUCUUUCACAUGCUUGCCUUAUUUCACUAUAUGUAUUAAUCCUGGUCCUGUAUUUCAAAAUGGAAUAUGAGCUUUAAGAAAACAUAGAAACAUGAGUAAUAAAAAAAAAGGCUGUUAAACUGUUUGCCACCUUGCUUCAUAAUGAAAAUUACGUUUGACUUAUUUUACUGAUACUCUCGUAUAAAAGCAGAGUUAACCCAAAGACAGUUGCGCAAAAUACAGUUUUAUUAAAUGUGUAUAUAUAGUGUAUCAAUAAUGUCCUGUUUUCCACCAACAUGUAUUAUUUUAUGGAUUAUUAAUGUGUAUUUUCUUUAAUAUUAUGCUAAAUGAGAUUUUGUUUAGCUCUAUAAAGUUAGAGUUUUCGACAUCAUACUGUCCUGAUGAACUGGCUUGCUGCAGUGAUGAACUCAGCCAGCAGUUCUUAUGUGCAAUGCAUUAAAUGUGUAAAACAAUCUCUAUGUGAACACUGAGUUGCUAGUUUUCACCCCUACAAUCUAAUGUAAAAUAAUGCAGCAGCAAAAAAUAUAUAUCCCAAGUGUAAACAGUUGAGUUUGUUUUCAUCAGCUUUAAAGUUACAGUAGAGAUGAUGAAGCAACACCUCUGAAAUACUGUCCACAAAUACUGAACAUAAUGAGAUUCACAGUAACAGGACUUAUUGCAUGGCAACUGGUAACUCUGUGUGUCUUGCAGCAUGUUCAGAAACCGGAUGUAGGAGUAUUGUUAGAUGUUGGAGAACAUGUGUCUCUGCUGUUUGUAAUCCAGAGAAAGUGAUCCUCUAAGGUGUAUCGACUUCCUCAGGGCUCAGACCCUCUUAGGAGAGAAAGCCAACUGUACCUAAGGGAAAAGUAGUUUCACUAAUCAUCAUCAUUUCAUCAUAGAACGUUUAUAUUUGACAUAAUAGUUUAAUAAAAACACACAUUCCACUAUUUAAUGGAAAUACAAAGCCUUUGUUGGUAAUACUUUCACUAUCUGUGUCACAAAAUGUUUUAAUGUCAUGUAGAAUUACAAGUACCCUCUUAACGUCAGUUCCCAUAUCUUACUACCAGGGCAACUGAGAUGACUCUACACAGACAAACAAUGCUUUUAUUCUGUAUUUUAUCAUUACAAUGCUUGUCAAGGAACAAUAUUUAUUCAUGUAAUCACACCAAAGUGCAUGUCCUAGACUAUUUUUUAUUAUAUCUAAGGUCAUUUUGUCAACUCAUCUGAAUAAACAUGUAUGUCAAUGCUA